GGCCGAGGGUCGCGGAGGCCGAGGGCUAAAGGCACGACCCUCGCGCGAACGCCGUCGUGCAGACGACCCGAGACGCCGCCUCCGCCCUGCCCUCGCCACCGAAGCCGUCGUGUUUCGCCUGAAAAUCGCCGGAUGGUUGUCUCUUGGACGGGGAAGAGGACACACACCAUGGAGCAGCCAAUACUGUCACAAACUUCCCCCGCUGCCUGCGGAGGAAAAGCUAGGCCAAAGACACAGUAUAUCGACUUGCUAGAAGAGAGGAGAGCGUCCAGUGAUCUGAGGUGGGCUGCCCGCGAGUGGUCGUCGAGAGGAGACUACCGAUACAGACUACACCUAAACCGCGAUGACAUCUUUAAGCGAGUGAUGGGGUCAGAGAGAGUGAAGCACGCCAUCAGCCAGUUGGCCAAAGAUGAGCAGGACCAAGAGGCUUUGGAGGAAGAAGUAAAGGGUAUCCUGGAACAGAUGGGGCACACGCAGGACAUAGGCACGAUACGGCAGUUUGCUUUUAUCCUUCCCAAGAUCAUGAAGAGAAUUUAUGGAAAAGUUCUCAUUAAUGAGGAUGGCAUUGAGAAACUUCGCAGCAAGUUGGUUGAAACGCCAGUUAUCCUGCUCCCGACACAUCGAUCCUAUGCAGACUUCCUGUUAGUGUCCUACAUCGCAUACCAUUUCAACCUCCCCUUACCUGUCAUUGCGGCCGGAAUGGACUUUAUGAGCAUGGCCGUCGUAGGUGACAUGCUGAGGCGUUCGGGGGCAUUCUACAUACGCAGGUCGUUCAUGGACAAUGCUCUGUAUUGGGCAGUAUUCCAAGAAUACGUUCAGACCAUUGUGGAGUGUACAGGCUCCCCCCUCGAGUUCUUUCUUGAGGGCACUAGAAGUCGAAGUGGAAAGUCGUUGCCUCCAAAGAUAGGAUUGCUUGGCUGUGUGUCAGAGAGCUGGCUGCGAGGAAGGCUGCCAGACCUGGCCCUCGUGCCCAUAAGCAUCUCGUACGACAGGACCCUCGAGGAGAAGCUGUAUGCCUAUGAGCUGCUUGGAGUGCCUAAGCCCAAAGAAUCGACGUCGGGUCUUCUUAAGGCAACCAGCAUAUUAAAGGAAAAGUUUGGAGACAUUCGCAUCCAUGUCGGUGACCCCAUAUCAGCCAGGAGCUUCCUUCUUCCACGCGUCGAAAGGCAUCUCACUGCCUCUCUGCCGUCACAUUUGGCCCCGUUGCUCAAGAACGAGUUGUCUGCCUGUGAAGCCCUAGGCCUCCAUGUAUUACACAAAAUCCAAAUGGGUUCCCUUACGAGUAUCUGGAGCUUCGUCUGCGUCCAGCUGAUGCAAGCACUCUGGAGAGGGCAGUGGAUGGUACCCCUCAAAGGUCUGGUCGAAGAUGUUUCGUGGCUGGUGGGCAUUUUCCAGAAGGUCGGAGGAGAGGUGGCUCUUGAAGGAUCCGUGGAAGAUACUGUGAGACAUAGCCUUGCAAUCCAUCAACAAGUAGCAACUCUAGGGGCCAAUGAUGUUGUUCAUAUACAGCAAAUACACCAACCUAAUCAGCAGAGCUUACACUUACCCCAAAAGGUGGCCACCUUGAGUAGUGGAACCAUAGAAAACGCAGUAACGCAUCUCAUGUUGCAACACUACAUCAAUCAGUCGUUGCACCUGCUAAUCCGACCAGCAUUGGUUGCUCAAGCCCUUGUGUCACGAGUGACUUGUAACGCAGUGUGCCCCAUUGAGGAGCUACAGAACCGAUUCUUCUUCCUCCGUUCCUUACUGAGCAACGACUUCAUCUUCGAGAAGGACGCUGGAGGAAAGGACUUCAUGGAAGGCUUAUCCCUGCUGACGUGGAGCGGUGAAGUCAGUUUCAUCCAGGGUUCGGUCCACCAUACCGGCAGAGGCAAUAAACUGAUGUCAUUGCUCCUCGGUCUCCUCAAACCCUUCGUCAUCACCUACAGUUGUGCUGCAGAGACACUGGCCUCCCAAGAUUGGCUUGACAAUGGCGAAGUCGUACUGGCUAUCCAGCGUUGCGUGGAGAGACUAGUGGCGAGUUCAGGGGUGUACUCUGCCCUCUCUCUGGACCCGACUCGCCAUGCACUGCGUUCACUCGUCAAGCUUGGAAUGGUUGAGAAGAGAAAGGGGGUGGGUGACCAGACGAUCCUCUCUCCCAACCAAGAAAAGCUGCAGGCAGUUCUUCAGGAGCUCGGCAGAAGCAGUGAAGGACCUCUGCGACCGAAGUUGUAGCCAGUCCACACAGCUGAUCGGGAGAAUUGCUUCAACUAAUGCGCGUCAUGCACUGAGCCAGAAAUCUUUGUCAGUGUGAAAUACAAAUAAUACAAACAUCCUAGUCAGUUUGAUAACUAGCGAUAGCUAUUCUUUUAUGGUCUUGUGUUCCUUUGGUUGUAUUUGAUGAAGAACAGAAGUCAGUGGGUGAAAAUAGGGUGUUUUUAGUCAUAUUAGGUGAUAAAAUCAAGUGAUAGAGAUUAUGGUAUGUCUAUAAUUUGAUAACUAUUAUGAUUUUUGAUGAAUUUGAUUUGAAGUGUCAUACAAAGUGAAGCUAGUAUAUGGAAUGUGCAUAAUUGACAAUGCUUUUACUUUUUCUCAAUGGAAGUACAAUUUAGUCAUCAGCAAUUGUUGAUAGUAGCUGCUGUAUGUAUCAGGUUUUUCUAGCCUGUUGCUUCGACUCUUUACUUUUAUGUCCUUGCUGAAUUCUUGCUCACUCGUUUUGUUCUCCCCCUUCCUCCUCCUCCUCCUCCUCCUCCUCCUCCUCCUCCUCCUCCUCCUCCUCCUCUUCUCCCUGUUCUUCCUCUUUCAUCUGCUUCCAUGUUCCAUAAAUUCAUUAUAGUCAGAGAAACCUGUGGUGUCCUUGUGUAUUCACACUUGUUCAACGGAAGAUACAAAAUAUUCUAGUGUCGUGUGUCAUAUUACUAGUCUUGGAAGCAAGGUUCAUUGAUAGAUCUUUUGUAUCUAGCCGAAGGUUAUCGGAGACUGAAGUAAACAUUGCAUUUCUCUC